AUGAUUCGGCUCAGGCAUUUACUUCGAAGUCGAGUCCGUCCGUCCCUCCUCAACACCGGGCCUCAAACCAUCACUGCACCACCAACUGUCCGACGUGUAAGAUUUCGACGACCUUGGCUGAGAUCUUUCAUCGGCAAAUUCCUACUUUACGGGGCCGCCUUUCAUAUCUGGAGCUCUUUCGUGCUGAUUCGGUUCGACGAUGAUACUACUGAUGAUGAUGAGUCACCCCGUGAGGCCAUAAAUACUGCAGAGGACAACUCAAACCAGCCCCUCCAUCGGAAUGAGACGGGACAGGACGAUGAGGAGAAGGAUGAUGAUCCCUUGUUCAUCCCUCUCUCUUGGUCUCGGGUGCAGGAGGGUGAACUUUACUCUGCUUCGGAUCCUGAAUGGCAAGAGUUCGUGAAAAUAUCGAAGGACCGGAAGCAACUUCAGAAGCUACGAGGUAAUUUCUAUACCUUCCCACUUGUCUGGGCAAAGCUAAUCGUUCCAGAUGAACUUGCCUCGAUCGCCCUCCAGAACGCCUCGAGCCAAAUGUCACAGAUUCUUGGAGGUCCACUUUCAUUGACUGGUUUCUGGCUAGUGCAUCAAUUUCCACACCGUGCGCCUCCGGGCUACGUGCGAUCCGGGCUGGAAUUCACUGAUAAUGGGACAUCAUGGGUGACGAAGACUAUGGACCCCGAUAUGGGCGAUAGGCUGCAGACUUUCAUGAAACCAGUACAUGUGGCUCUCGCAAUAAAGGACGCCUAUUUCGUCUUGCUUAAGAGGCAGCUGGAUCGCCUCAGGAACCCCAAUGGGCAACCAGAUGCUGUGGAACUAUUGAAUGGGAAAUAUAUUCUGUCCAGUCAUGAGAGAACCAAUCCGAUGAGUACUCAUGAACAACCCAAGCUACAACCGGAUGUGUCCGAUGAUCCACUGGAAACCAUGUCAUCUAGCGAUGACCCAGAGCUCCAUCCAUCAUCUAUCAUAUCAUCACUACAACGGCUUCCUUUGCCCGACCUUGGCCCUGGAUCCGAUCUACACUUGGCAUCGAUAGCGUUCAAGUUGCGCUUGCACGAACACCGAGCUCAAUCCCCACGAACCCCAUGUCGAGGUUCAUUCUUCAUUUCUGGUCCGGUUGGCAUCAAGGGGCCAAACGGGUUUUGCAGAUUUGAAGUCAGGGGGGAAUACGACCCAGCGAAGCCCGGGUGGAGAACAGUGGAUAUGAAACUCAAGGAUUUAAAUCUCCGCAGGCAAGCACCACUCGGGCGGCCGUGA